AUGCCGCCCUCCUCGGAGCAGCCCUCCCUUAAUGACCUCGCCAAGGUCCCCCUCACCACCGCCCAGGCGCUCAUCGCCCAGCUUCUCGAUAUGCAUCCCGAAGACGCGCCCUACAUAUCCGCCAUCAUAACCUCCCAGACUGUCCCUCCCCCACCCUCCCCUCCGCUCCCUAUCGAGCUCGAAUACUUCCGACCCAUGAUCCGCACCGUCUCAGACACCAUCGACCGUCCCUCUUCCUCAGCCAAGGAGAUUGCGAACCGCAUCUUUGGCGCAAUCCACGUGAUCGAGAAGACGUGCACCCGCGCCGCAGUAGGCGAUACGCUCUUACAUACGGGGGCGUUCCUUGCGCUGUGCGAUAUAGCGGCGUUAUUGGGUGAUCCGAAGGCGAGGAAGGAGGAGCUGGGGACGUACAUGGGGGAUAUGAUCGUGGAGGCGGUCGUAGAGGGGAUGGGGACGGUGAUGGGGGGUAUGAAAGGAAGAGGGGAGGCUACAGGGAGGGCGAUGCGGGGCUUGGAGAAGGUGAUUGGGGUGUAUAAGAGGGCAGGGUAUGAUGCGGGGGCGAUGGAGAGGAAGAAGCCGCAAUGGAGAUAG